AUGGCGAGUGGAACGUACAACUACAAGGUUAAAAUUCAUAACUACAACGAAGAACAAUGGGAUCAACAGUUUAGUGAGAAGUACUGUCCUCCGAGAUUACUCGGAAGCAAACACGACUCGUUUCAAACCAUGUACAGUACGGAACAUUCUUUGCAAAAUUCAAUCAGUGGUGGUAGCUCUUCAUCAUCAAUACCCUCCUCUCAACAGCCUCAGCCAAACGCCACACAAAAGAUACCCUCGGGCCUUAAUAUCCACUCGUUUAAAGCGAAAGCUGUUGCAUCCGCAGGAGAAAAUGAUCUUCUUAAAUCCUCAUUCCCAGGUCAUCAGCCAGCUCUUGAUUUUUACAAUCAUCCAGUCCAGAAUAGAGAAAAGUCAGCCGAUGAAUAUUAUUUUGCUACAACUUCCCGAGAAACCUUUGUACAUCCCAAACAAAUGCAAGAGAAGGGAGAAGUACUGACCUACAUGCCUCCAGACGAGUUGGACAAGUACCGAAAAACAUGGACACGAAAACAAGCACGAGAAAUGAGAACCGAGUAUCAACGUCAACAUUGUAAAUAA